GAAAAACUGGGUUAAAACUGUUUAUGUUUAUCGCGCUUGUUGUUGACUGAUAGGAAAAUGAAGUAAUGUUUUUGGCAACAAAAAAUCCGAAAUCCGCAGGUAGCUUCACCGGCACAGAACGCCCUAAUCCUCCGUUCACUUAGACGCCCGUAUCUUAUCCGCGGCGGAUGCAAACCACUAAAAGGCGACUUGGCCAUGAAGUGCGGAUAAGCGGAAUGCUCCUUAUCGCCGCUGGCGAUUGGACAUUGGCUAUUUUACCAAUAAUAGUUACGAGUGGCUGGACUUUCAAGCAUUUCGCGCCUAGCAUUCGAAGCAGCCAGACCAGUCGCUAGAAUCGUACUCCAACAUGGUUGCAUUGAGCACAAACGGCCGCCGUGAGGAGAAGGCUGUAGCCAACAUCUACGAUGACAAACGGAUCUUUCCCGACUUCCGUGGCGGACCUUUGGACGAGUACCGCGAGCGGGCUAGCUUCUGCUACAAGCGCAUGAACGUGUUGCUCGAGGGCGAGGAUCACAUCCGGCUAAAGCACAAGGUGUGGCAAUGGAUGGAGAAGCACCCCGACUACCAGCGGGAGUCAGGCUCCGACUUGGAACGCACCCGAGAAUUGGCUAACAAGCGGCAGCACCUUCUGUGGGAGCAACAGUUCUACGGCGUCAACGAGUAUCUGGGAACUCCGCAUCUUCUGCUUGCUUUCGGGCAGGCCAUCUUCAGCUACGACUUUAGCACUUCGGUCAAGUUCGGCCUGUCCACUGGCAUGUUCCCCAGCACCCUGGUCUCCAACGGAUCUGGCCGCCUGGGCAAGUACGUGGCCAAGAUCGCGGACAACCGUAUUCUGGGAGCCUACGCUCUCACUGAGAUUUCUCACGGCACCAACGCGCUCGGCAUGCGCACCCGAGCCACCUACGACUUAAAAAGGCAGGAGUUUAUCAUCAACACGCCAGACUUCGAGGCGGCCAAAUGUUGGGUCGGCAAUCUUGGCAAGACCUGCACCCACGCCAUCGUCUACGCCCAGCUGUACGUGCCCGAUGACAAGCACCAGGGCCUACAGGCAUUCCUUGUUCCCAUUCGCGACGAGCGUACCUUGCUGCCUUUCCCCGGCGUAACCGUUGGCGAUAUGGGCGAGAAGAUCGGCCUCAAUGGCAUUGAUAACGGAUUUGUGAUGUUCAACCAGUAUCGCAUCCCUAAGGCGAAUCUGCUGUCCAAGACUGGUGACAUCGAUGCGCAGGGCAACUACACCAGUCAAAUUAAGGACGAGCGUAAGCGCCUUGGCGCCUCCUUGGGCGCUCUCUCCGUGGGCCGCGUUAAUAUCACUGCUAUCACCUACGUGGCGCUGAGCAAGGCUGUGACAAUUGCCACUCGCUAUGCGGCCAGCAGACGCCAGUUUGGCCCUACGAACAGCCCGGCGGAGUGGCCUGUGAUCGAGUAUCAGUCACAGCAAUACCGACUUAUUCCACACUUGGCCACCACAAUCGCCUUGCGGGUUGCUACACUCUGGAUUGGCAAAGAGAACGUGGAUUUGACCAUGAAGGGCUUCACUGGCGAGGACACGUCGCAGGCGGGCAUGGAGAUCCAUGCGAUCUCUUCGGCACUCAAGCCAGUGGCCACUUGGGCAGCCAGGGAUGGCAUCCAGGAGUGCCGCGAGGCCUGUGGCGGUCAUGGCUACCUUAAGUCGUCAGGCUUGGGCGAGCUUCGCAACGACAACGAUGCUAACUGCACCUAUGAGGGCGAGAACAACACACUCAUCCAGCAAGCGUCCAAUUGGUUGAUCAGUCUGCGACGCAACAAUGCCGACUUCGUGGCAGUAUCUCCAUUGAAGACAGUGUCUUUCCUGAAGGAUAUGGACUCAAUUCUGCAAAGCAAGGGCCAGGAGCGAACUCCUGCCGAAGUUUUGGAUCCGCACAAUCUACUUAAUGCCCUCAACUGGCUUACCGUCUGGCAACUGGACACGACGGUGAAACGAGUUGAGGAACUGCAGCGCGAAGGAAAGGAUGCGUUUGAGACGCGCAACAAUAUUCAGGUCUUUGCCGCCCAGAAGCUCUCUGUUAUAUACGGCGAGCGUACCAUCUACUACGUGUUCUAUAAGUUUGUUAUUGGCCUGCCUGACUCUGCUGAGAAGAAGGUGCUGCAGCAGGUGCUCUCCUUCUAUGGCGCCCACCUGGUCACAAAGUACUCCGCUGCCUUCUACCGCGGGGGCUACUUCCGGGAGAGCUCAAACCAACUGGAGCUGUAUGAGCAAGGUAUCUUGGCUCUGCUUCCCCUGCUGAAGAACGAAGCUAUUGCUCUGGUGGAUGCCAUUGCUCCCACAGACUUUAUUCUUAACUCUCCACUGGGCAUGAGCGAUGGAAACGUCUAUCAGCAUCUGCAGCGCACUAUUGUUUCCACUCCAGGCGUCUACGAGCGUCCCCAUUGGUGGCGUGACGUUACUUAUAAGGAUUACCUUAAACGCGCCAAAUUGUAGAGUCACAAAAACAUUCACAUUCGGACAAGUGCAUUAUUAAUAUUAAGUUUGCAAAGUUAUUCUGAUAAAUCACAGUAUGAUAUUUGUUACACACACACUCUACCUACACGCUCUGCCUAUUACGGUUUUGCCAAGAAAUAUACUCGGUGCUUAAACUAACCUUUAA